CUUCUAUCCUCUCCCCUCUCCACAAUUACUCUUUUUCCCUUCUUUUUCGUCACACGUAAAUUCGCACUAUUUCUCUUUACCUUUUAUUUUAUUUCCCCCAAUUCACCCUUUCUUCAAUUUUUUAAAGUUAUAAAUACACAUUAGAGACCAUGGUUGCAGUUUACAACUACAGCUAUGUGGCCAAGCUUAUAAUUAUUGGCGACAUGGGUUGUGCAGACCCUGCAACGAGCAAUGCAGCCGAUGGCCCCCCGGCCCCCCCGGCGUCGCUGAUCUACCCACCGGCGGACAUCAUGACAAUCGUGGACAAAACAGCCGAGCACGUGGCCAAAUCAGGGCCUGCAUUCCAGCAGCUGAUUCGGGACAAGUACCGCGACAACAGCAAAUUCUCGUUUAUCUACGCCACCGACCCCUACCACGCAUACUACUCGCACAAGGUCGAGCACUACAAGGCCAACGCCAGCAGCAGCACAGCGCAGCAGCAGCAGCAGCAGCAGCAGGCGGACAAUCCAUCCGACCCCAUUCCUCUGCCCCUGCCAAUGGUUUCCGCCCAAGACCUCGACGUGAUCAAAACCACCGCGCAGUUUGUCGCUCGCAACGGACGCUCCUUCAUGCAGACGCUUGCGCACCGCGAGUCCGCCAACUACCAGUUUGACUUCCUCAAGCCUUCACACACGCUCUUUGCGUAUUUCCGGCGGCUCGUCGACCAGUACACGCUUGUGUUUUUCCCGCCGCCCUCGCUAACGGAGAGGCUGCAGAGCGAUGUGCAGGAUAAGGCCCGGGUGCUUAGGCGUGUGGAGCAGAGGAUGCGGUGGGCGGCGGAGAAGGAGGGGUUUUUGAGCGUCGACUGGCAUGAUUUCACCGUCGUAGGAACUGUGGAAUUUGUCGAGGAGGACGAGGAGAUGGAGCUGCCUGCGCCGUUGAGUAUGCGUGACUUGAUGACAAUGUCGCUGGAGGACAAGCACCGGUCGAUGCUGCAGGACGUUGACUCGGCCGCUGCCGGUGCUGCCGGUGCUGCCGGUGCUGCCGGUGCUGGUGAGCAGAUGGACGUUGAUGAGACAGACGCGGACGAGCACCUGCAGGCCGACCGCAUCCCACAACCGGCACCAGCCAUUGCGCCGAUGCGCAUCCGCAAAGACUACGUGCCAACGCUGCGCCGCGGCAUCCCUGCCGCCCCCGUCCUGCUCAAAUGCCAGCUCUGCCAGCUAGACAUCCCGGCGGCCGACUUUGAAGAACACAUCCGCGUAGAGCUGAUUGAUCCCAAGUGGAAGGAGCAGAAGCGCGUGUAUGAGCGCAAAAUCAAAGACAGCAAUUUGGUUCAGGAGGGCAUGGACAUUGCAAAAUACCUUAGCCAGCUGGCCGCACAUAGAGCAGAAGAGUCGGUAGAGACCCCUGCGAUGGCUGCAGGUGUUAAGGGGCCGGUGGCCCCGUGGGACGGGUACUCGUCGACAAAGGGCAGUGCUGCGAGAAGGGCGCGCGAGAACAUGACGAGGGAGGAGGCUGAUGCCGCUAGGCUCUUGCGCCAGGGCAUGCCUGAUCCGAGAGACCCGGCACUGAAGAUCGGCCCGCAGAUGCCUCCGCCCACGCCACACCCCCCAGCACCCAAGCGCCAGAAAAACUAGACGGAAGGAGAUGGGGUUGGUGUCAAAAAAUGCAAAACCACAAUUACACUGCUUAAAAUAUAAAUAAAUCAUGACACGAAAC